UCAGAUUCUCCAGCAUCUGCAGUUCCUACUAUCUCUGGUUUCUCAGCUGCUCUGUUCACUGCUCAGCGACUGGUGCAUCGUAGCUUCAAAUGCGUUGCCUGCUUUCAGUUUGUACAGUCACAACUCUCGACAAGUUGCUACGGAGAGAGAGAAAAAAAAUCUUAGCCUUUCACACAAUGUGGGGCCAGCACUGAGGUACGAGGAUGACGGUGAUCUUCUAGAAGCAGCUGGGGACUUCAAAUUGCAGCAAGGAGAGGUUAAAGAUAUCAGCGAAUACUCCUGGCCAGCUGGCACGCACAGGAUAGGAGUGCAUCGCCGGGGAAACCGUCCAGCCCAGCCACCUUUCGUGUGUUCACUCUCAAAAAGGCCAAUCUGGUGUCUGCAGCGAUGACUGCAGACGUCAGGGAGGGGAGGAAAGAUGCCCAAUCAGUCGUUGUGCAUCUUUACGAACAGCACAGUCACUAACGAGAGAACCAUCCUCACUCUGCUGUACAGCGUGAUCAUCAUCCUCGGGCUCUUCUUCAACGUGGUGGCUCUGUGGAUCUUCCGGGUUCACAUCCAGCAGCGAUCCGGGACCAUCUUCUACAUGAGGAACCUGGCCAUUGUGGAUCUCCUGCUGGUCUGUUUCUUGCCCUUCCGUAUCGUCGCCUAUUACAGCCAGGACAGACUGUCGUGUGAGAUUGCCAGCGUCAUUUUUCUGAUCAACAUGUACACCAGCAUCUUCUUCCUGACCUGCAUCAGUCUGGAUCGCUGCUUGGCCACGGUUUUGCCCUUUAAGGUGCGGAUUUACCACUUACGCAGAGCAGCGCCCUGGGUCAGUGGCUUUGUAUGGUUCCUGACUUUGGGCUGUAGCCUCCCCACGUACCUCAUAUGGAAAUCCAACAGCAACAGGACCAGCGAGUACAAUUGCCUGGAGCCCAUCGUCGUCACCAAGAAUUUGCCGCUGAUCUUCACCCUCGCCUUUGGCUUCGGGCUCCCCUUCAGUUCGGUGCUCACCAGCUCACUCCUUGCCCUCCUGAAGAUGAGGAAGACCAAGCUGUCACCCAACCUGAAUAUUCGCAAAACUCAGAACAUGAUCCUGGCCAAUUUUCUCGUUUUCACCUUUUGCUUUCUGCCCUACCAUGUUUUCCUGGGCCUUUACAAGAGCCUGAAUGGCAAGUGGAUCUGUGGUGGUCAACAGCUCUUCCAAAUAACCCAAAUCCUCGCCAGUGCCAACACCGUCUUCGACCCCGUGAUCUACUACUUCACCACAGAGGCCUUUCAGAAAACCCAUUUGAUGAGGACAGUGCACAAUAUGAUUUGUUGCAAGCAUAUCAGGGAGGAGCAGGAAGAGCGCACUGUGCAGAGCAGGGGGACUUACAAGAAAGCAUCAGAAGUCUCCCUCUUUUUGUAGCACUGCAUGAAAUAAUCUGCUAUUUGGUGUUAUUUUUCAAACACAAGUUUGCUCUUUUUCCAACAUAUGUUUCUGUUUUAGUUUUGACUUUUCCUUCUUGAAAAACACAAAUAAACUCCCUUCUACUGCCA